GCAUCCACAUCACAUGCCCCAGAGCCGCAUUGCAUGCAACCUGCAUCCACAUCACAUGCCCCAGAGCAGCCUCCAUCCACAUCGCAUGCCCCAGAGCAGCCUCCAUCCACAUCGCAUGCCCCAGAGCCACCUGCAUCCACAUCGCAUGCCCCAGAGCCACCUGCAUCCACAUCACAUGCCCCAGAGCCGCAUCGCAUGCAACCUGCAUCCACAUCGCAUGCCCCAGAGCCACCUGCAUCCACAUCGCAUGCCCCAGAGCCACCUGCAUCCACAUCACAUGCCCCAGAGCCACCUGCAUCCACAUCUCAUGACCCAGAGCCACCUGCAUCCACAUCACAUGCCCCAGAGCCACCUGCAUCCACAUCUCAUGACCCAGAGCCACCUGCAUCCACAUCACAUGCCCCAGAGCCACCUGCAUCCACAUCGCAUGCCCCAGAGCCACCUGCAUCCACAUCGCAUGCCCCAGAGCCACCUGCAUCCACAUCACAUGCCCCAGAGCCACCUGCAUCCACAUCUCAUGACCCAGAGCCACCUGCAUCCACAUCACAUGCCCCAGAGCCACCUGCAUCCACAUCGCAUGCCCCAGAGCAGCCUCCAUCCACAUCACAUGCCCCAUAGUCACCUGCAUCUGCCACAACAGCAGAAGAGCCAUGUUGUCCAGAGUACUUUGGGUCAGAUACCAGGAGUGGGAGGAGAGUUUGUGCUCUGUGCAAACUUUCGGGCCUCAAAGUAAAGACUUCUGUGUGCUGUACAAAAUGCAGUGUACCCUUGUGCUUGGUGGCAUCCAGAAAUUGCUUUAGGAAAAGGCAGACUGAUGGACACUCUCAGACUGUCUAAGUGAGCUCUUUUGUUCCAUUACUUUUUCUCAGAUUUGUAUUUUAUUUUUGCA